GGCCCUGGUAGCGCGGCUGCGGCGCAGUACCGGCCUCCUCUUCGGCGUUCCCACGCCCAUUCGGCGGGCUCUCGGCCUCCACGUCAGGGCCGCGCCGCGGAGAUGGCGGCUCAGAAGAUAAACGAGGGGCUGGAGCACCUGGCCAAAGCAGAGAAAUGCCUGAAAACUGGUUUUUUAAAAUGGAAGCCAGAUUAUGACAGUGCCGCUUCUGAGUAUGGAAAAGCAGCUGUUGCUUUUAAAAAUGCCAAACAGUUUGAACAAGCAAAAGACGCCUGCCUGAGAGAAGCUGUCGCCCACGAGAAUAACAGGGCUCUUUUUCAUGCUGCCAAAGCUUAUGAACAAGCCGGCAUGAUGCUGAAGGAGAUGCAGAAACUCCCGGAGGCUGUUCAGCUGAUUGAGAAAGCUAGCAUGAUGUACCUGGAGAACGGCACCCCGGACACAGCAGCCAUGGCCUUGGAGCGGGCUGGAAAGCUUAUAGAAAACGUGGAUCCAGAAAAGGCUGUGCAGUUAUAUCAGCAGACAGCUAAUGUGUUUGAAAAUGAAGAGCGCUUACGACAGGCAGUUGAAUUACUAGGAAAGGCCUCCAGGCUGCUGGUGCGAGGGCGCAGGUUUGAUGAGGCGGCACUCUCUAUUCAGAAAGAAAAAAAUAUUUAUAAGGAAAUUGAGAAUUAUCCAACUUGUUAUAAGAAAACAAUUGCCCAAGUCUUAGUGCAUCUGCACAGAAAUGACUACGUGGCCGCAGAGCGCUGCGUCCGGGAGAGCUACAGCAUCCCUGGCUUCAACGGCAGUGAGGACUGCACCGCCCUGGAGCAGCUGCUCGAGGGCUACGACCAGCAGGACCAGGACCAGGUGGCCGAGGUCUGCAACUCGCCCCUGUUCAAGUACAUGGACAAUGACUACGCGAAGCUGGGCCUGAGCCUGCUGGUCCCAGGAGGGGGAGUCAAGAAGAAGGCGGCGGCCCCCCCGCAGGCCACGCCCAAAGGCCACGCCGCCCCCGCCGCUGAGGACGAGGAGGACGAGUAUGCAGGGGGGCUGUGCUAGGCACUUGUCCCCUCACAGACCCCACAUGGCCCGGAUGUCGCCGCACGGCCCGGGGCGCGGCCAGACCUCACGCCAUCCUGGCUCUGAUGCUGGUAAAGACAAAGUCUUAGCUCCCAUUUCCUGGACCACCCGUCCUGCCCACUGCCUGUGAAGCAUUUUUUUCUUUCCAUGAUAAGAGCUCUUCUCAGACACCAGCAGGCAUUAACAGAGAAAUGUACUGUCGCAUUUUAGGACAGUUGACUUUAAAAUUGGCAAACCAAAUUCUAGACAGAUCUAUUGUAAACAAAGGUAAUAGGCAUAGAUAGUCUUAGAUAGCCUUUUCUCUUGGGCUCUUGUAAUUUAUUGUUAGAGAAGUUUUUUUUGCAUUUUAUUUAAUAAUUGCUGUUAAAAGUGAUGUUUACUGGUUAAACAAAAUAGUAUUUUAAACAUUUGUUAUGCCUUCAGAAGGAAAUUUAUCCCCCGUGAUAAUCAGAGGCAUUUAAAUUGUUCAAUCUUCAGAGUCGAGAUUGGGACAGGAAGCUGUUUUGAGCCUUACAAUGUUACUUAUCUCAAUACAAGAUGCAUCUGAAGUCUCAUGUGUAAGUUUGAACAUUUUGAAGGGUGGCACAUUACAGUGAUUCUGUAAAUGUCUUCAGUUGUCUCUGGAAUAUGGGUAUUUUUCCACCUGAAACACAUAGUGAUGGUCUCUGAACCCACCAGGUUGUUGACCGACUGGGACUAAUGAGGACCUUUGUCCUGAGUUUGCACAGUGUGGUGGUUUCCAUCAGGCUGGGAUGCAUACGUGGCUUCCCUCUGCGUCGUCCAGGGCUGUGACAGGACAGCAGCUUGACUCAGGAGGUGCUGUCUGUAAACCUCUUGCAUGUGGCUGAAAGGUGGGGGCUGAGUUUCAAGGGCUGGGCUGCCGCUGUCUAGUGCUUUCUGGGUCUUUCCUGACGGGUCAUUUUCGAGGCGUUCCUCUCCCUGUGCACAGAGCCAUCUCCCUGUCCCCUGACUGGAAAGAGGCCCAGACACCACAGUGCGCUCUGCAGGAGACGCUGCCCGCCUGGCUUCCCGGGCUUGGAUCUGCUGGCCUCCCUGGGAUCCUGGGGUGGGUCAUCAUGAGUGGUCGCAGCCACGCUGGGCUCUGUGGCGGGUUCGGGGAACGUCCUCUCGGGGCCCGUGUGCCGGAGUGGUUGGGCAGUGGGAUGGACUCUAUCAGAAGUCUGGUGCAGAACACUAAUCCACGCAAUCUCUCCAGUCCCCCUGUUGCCUGCGUGGCUCUGCGCACUUCCAGUCACUGUUUGGAGACACUGAGUGGUGGUCUCAGUAAAGCCAUGUUUAGGCGUUUGUGGUUAAUGACGUGUUAAGAGUUCUGAGGCCCCGUCCUCCUGCUGUGCCCUCCAGAUCCAGUCACACUUCAGGAGUCUUAUGCUGAUGUGCAUUUGAGCUACUUAACAAUCCCUAUCAACAGAUUCGGCAACACUUAAAAGGUAUUUUAGACCGUUUCCUGUAGACCAUAUUAUCCAUUACAGCUUUGGAAAAAAGCUUUUAUUUCUCUUUUCUUACAUAUUAAACAAAAAUGAGGGCUGAGUCGAAGGGUCCUGUAGCAGCCGUGGGACUGGGCCUCACAGCACAGGAGGCUUGAGCUGGGGCGUCCUCCACACCAGCCCCUUCUCGGCCUUCAUGUCAGAACUCGUGUGCGGGGCGUGUGGGUGUCUCUGACGUCACGGCUGUUCUGCGUGGUGUCUAGUGAGGAGCAUCUCGUUUUCCCCUCAUAGAAGCCUUUACCCUGAGGGGACACUCAGAAGUGGGGAACUGGUGUUCACAGCAGGAAGAGGUGUCUCCAGAGCUCAUGUCAUCACUUUACCAAAGUGGGCGUCUGUCUGCAUGGGUGUGCUCAGGAUCCAGCCAUCAGCGUUCUGUUGUGUUGUAGCGAAGCAGGCUACAAAGUCUAGGUAAUAUAUCGAAUUUAUUUGUACAUAUGCAGAGUAUGGUAUUUGUGUAUGGAAACUGCUUUAUUCCUCUUAUUUCCAGCUCUGAUGAAUAAUAUCAAAUGUGAUAUGGAAAUGCAGGUUAUUGCUUCUAUAGGAUAUAAUUAUGAAAAUAAAAUCUGAAACUCUAUAAGUAUGAUCAUUCUU